AUGUAAUAAGAAAACGAGCCUACAAGUAUAAGCAUAUCAAGAAGAGCUGCCUACAACUAUAUAAAGCCUAUUCUACAUGAAGAUUCCUUAGUUUAAACACCAACCACAUCUUUUCGUUCAUGUUUUAAAUAGAUAACCUAGAAACGUAGCAUUUUUAAAUCUUAACAUUUAACAAAUGAAAUUAUUGUCAAUCAGUUUCCACUUUAAGAAUCAUUUGAUGAAAUUGGAAAAUACUAAUCAUAAUAUUUUCUUACUGUAAAUUAGAUUGCUAGUAUACUAAAUUCAACAUUUCAUACUAUUAUUUGCAUUUAUGUGCUUAUACUUUAAUUUUUUCAUUAAACAGAGCAAUUAAUAUUAUUAAGAAUAAUUGGAAUGAUAUUAUUAUUUUUUCAUUUGAUCUUAUGCUUACUUUUGAAAUAAAACAUAUUAGAUGCUUCAUAAUUGGCUACAUUAAUAUUUUAUAUAGUUACUUUUAUUUUUGAGAAUUAAAUUUUAAUCAUAUAUCUUUUUAUCAGUAUUUUUCAUAUUCAAACUCUAUUAAAUGUGAUAAAGGUUUCAAUUAUAAUUAUAUCCAAAUAAUGUAAUAAUAUAAUUAUUUUUAGAUGGUUUUACAUAAUUUUUACUUUUAGAAAUCAUUAUACUAAUCUAUACAGUACAUAUAUAUGCUAAUUUCUUAAUAAUUUUUAUGUAAGAAUCAAUUGAUAGUUACUCAUUCUGGUUUAUUUAUCUUAAAUCAAUUAAUUAUUCAAUAAAAAUACUUCUCUUUGAUUUCCAAAUAGAUGAUGAAUCAACUAAAAAUCAAUUAGCUAAUACAUUCUUCAUCAUAUUUAAUAUCAACUAUUACUUCUUAUUAUUGAAAAGAUAUGAAAAACAUAAGAAAUCUUAUUUCUUAUAUGAUCAUUUUUAAAUGUUUAUUAAUAAUAGAUGCAUUCAAAUCAAUAUUUCACUUCUAGAGAUGUUUAAUUUUGUAUGGAUCUUACUGAAAUUGUAAUUUUAAGAUUAAUUUUUAAAAAAAUUAGAGAAUCAUAAAAUAUAAAUCUAUGUAGAUUAAUUAAAGAAAUGUUAAAUCAUUGAAAAGAUAUUUUCAGAAGAGUUUAUUAGAAAUUUAGCUUAAGAAGCUAAAAUUAUCAAUGUCUUUAAAAAUGAAAUAAUUCCAAAUCCAGGAUUAUAUAUUGUCAUUUAAGGUGGAAUGAAAGUAUAAAUUUAGGCUGAAUAUGAAAUUAAAUAAAUCUUAAAAGUAAUUUUAUAUUAAUAAUUUAGUAAGGAGAUUACUUUGGUCUUAUUGAAAUGAUUCUUAAUAAAAGUUAAAAUUUAUUUCUAAAAUCUAUAAAAGAAGAAAGCUUGCUUAUAUAUAUUUCAGGAGAAGAUUUUCAUUAUAAAAUAAAAGAGUUUUAAGAGGAUUAUGAAAUAAUGAGAUAUAUUCAUGAUCAAUUGUUAUUCACAUAAAGUACAACAAAAAUUAAAUAAAAAUGUUAUUUUUGUUAAGAAUAUCACAUUCAUUCUUAAUGUAAAUUAAUAAAUUUCAAACCUGAAUUUGAUCUUGAGAAAUUGAAAUUAGAUUAAUUAAAUGAUCGAAGAUAUUUCUAAAGAGUAAAUACAAAGCGUACUUUUUAAAUAAGAAAUAUUUCAGAAUCAUCCAAAGAUUCAAAUUAAUUUGAAGAGUCCUUUGAAAUUGAUCCUAUUAGCUCAGAUAUACUUAAUGAUAGAUAAAUAGGUAAAAAUAUUUUAGGAUCCCUUUCUUAAAUGAUUGUUUGCAAUUCAAAAAUAUCUCAAGAAGGAAUACCAUAAAUACAUUAAACUUAAAGUUUUAAAGUAUAAGAAAGUUAAACUUAACAAAAUUAAUUGAAUACAACAUAAGGAUGGAGAAUUUUCGAUUAAGAAAAUAAAAAUAUUUGCAUAGAUAAUUUAAAGAACUUUUAGUUUUAUGAUCCUGUGUAUAACAUAGAAACUAUAAUCCGAAAAGUAAAUAAAAUGUUAGAACAUUGA